UAUGCUUGACGGUUCUGAGUCGUAAAGUGUAGGGUACCAGGCAAUCGGCCGUGUCGAACGAGGCAAAAUCACUCGCAGGGCAUGCGCAGUAGAGGUUUCCUUCGAAUUGCUUGCAGUCCUGCGUUAGAGUGCUGAUGGGGAGGCAAACGCCGCGUAUAGAAUGUUGGGCAUGCGCCGUAGGGCGAGUGGAGACCGCAGGAGGGCGUAAAAAGUUAUGAGUGGGCUUUAGCGGCCAGGUGCGCAUGCGCCGUUUAGCGGGUGAUUGGAUGAAGGAGAGGUAGUUCCUGUCUGGCGGGACGGUUAAAAAUUUCAUUCAGAACUGAACAUGAGACGAUCAGCAGCUCCUAGUCAACUGAUUGGAAAUUCAGCCAAAAAGCCAAGAUUUAUACCUCCAGAAAAGACUCAUACACUAUCUCUGAAAGAAGUAUCUGAACGCUUGUAUCCAGAAAUUAAAAUAACUGAGGUGGAGGAGGGACCACUGAAUGGCUCGACAUCUGUAAACAUUUGUUCUACAACUUGGGGCUUCAAUUCUACGCUUGUUAUGAAAUCUGAUCAAGGAGAAUUUUGCUCCAAAAAAAUUAAUGGAGCGAACUGGCAUUUGGAAACUGGAGUGAAAUCGGUAUAUCAAACUAAAAUAGGUCCAGCAUGUACAAAGACAACGGAAACAGCAGGGCACCAAGAGGAGCCAAGCUGCCUUACAAAAUACUUCGGUGUAGUGUGGUGCAAGGCAUCAAAGAAAAAACACAAGAAGUGGGAAGGUGAUGCUGUUCUCAUUGCAAAAGGGAAGUCAGUGACCCUGAAAGAUAUGGAAGGCAGAGACAUUGGAAGAGGCACUGGAUACAAAGCCAAAGACCUGGAAAAUCUUGUUGAAGGUCAAACUUUAAUGGUUGGAGGAAAAGAAAUAGAAGUGUUGGGUAUAAUUACAGAAGAGGACUUCAAAAGUGGCAAGUGUUUUCAAUCUGGUGUGAAGACUGCAGAGGAUAUCUGGAAUUUCUCACAAGCUGCUCUGAAGCCAUUUUGUAACCCUUUCAAAAAUGUCUCCAAGCCCAACACUAAAGGAAAUUCUUCUAAAGGCUCCCAGAACUAUAAGCCACGGCAUGAUCCUUGUGCACCAAAUUGCUUAGUUAUGCCGCUCCCAUCCCCAAAUCACCAACGGAUGUUCAACAAGUCAGGUUUGCCUGUUGUAGAAGUUGUUGUGGAUCCUCACAUUGUAAACCAUCUUCGACCACACCAGCGGGAAGGGAUUAUAUUUCUUUAUGAAUGUGUGAUGGGAAUGAGAGUGAACAGUAGAUUUGGAGCUAUUCUUGCAGAUGAAAUGGGUUUAGGAAAAACAUUGCAGUGCAUUUCACUCAUCUGGACUCUCCUGCGUCAAGGACCAUAUGGAGGCAAGCCUAUAAUAAAACAGGCAUUGAUAGUCACUCCUGGGAGUUUGGUGAAGAACUGGGGGAAAGAAUUUCAAAAAUGGCUGGGAAAUGAAAGAAUCAAGGUAUUCUUAGUUAAUCAGGAUCACAAAGUGGAAGAGUUCAUCAGUUCCCCACUUUAUCCAGUCCUGAUAAUUAGUUAUGAAAUGUUUCUGCGCUCCUUGGACCAAAUACAGAAGACGGAGUUCAGCCUCGUAAUCUGUGAUGAGGGACAUCGUUUGAAAAACAUUGCUAUUAAGACAACAAUUGCACUUGCCAGUCUGUCUUGUGAAAGGAGAAUUAUUCUUACUGGUACUCCAGUACAAAAUGAUCUGCAAGAAUUUUAUGCAUUAAUAGAGUAUGUAAAUCCUGGAAUACUUGGUCAUUUGUCUGCAUACAAAAAAGUGUAUGAGGAACCUAUUAUCAGAUCCCGAGAGCCUUCAGCAACAAAGGAAGAAAUUGAACUUGGAGAGAGAAGGGCGGUAGAACUGACUCGCCUGACAGGACUCUUCAUUCUUAGAAGAACCCAAGAUGUCAUAAACAAAUUCCUUCCUCCUAAAAAGGAGAGCAUACUUUUCUGCCGCCCAACAGCAUUGCAGCUUGAUCUCUAUCGAAGACUGCUGAGCUCCCAGGUUGUUAGAUCAUGUCUGCAAGGCAGUCUGGAAAACAGCCCUCAUUUAAUAUGUAUUGGAGCUCUGAAAAAACUUUGUAACCAUCCCUGCCUUCUCUUCAAAGCAAUGAAGGAGAAAGAAAGUGAUCUAAAUUGUGAUAGGCAAGAGAAACUGAACCUCUAUGAGGCUCUAUUUGAUAUUUUUUCUCAAGAAUAUAAUCCGGCCUCUUUUUCUGAGACUGACUCGGGGAAAUUGAAUGUGCUGAUGCAGCUGCUGGCAGCAAUUCAUGAACUCAGCCCUACUGAAAGAGUCGUUGUGGUAUCUAAUUACACACAGACCCUGAACAUAUUACAAGAAGUGUGCAAACGCCAUGGAUAUUCCUGUACAAGGCUAGAUGGCAACACUCCCACCUCCCAGAGGCAACAGAUUGUUGAUGCUUUUAAUAGUAAAUUCUGCCCGGCUUUUAUCUUUCUGCUGAGUUCAAAGGCCGGUGGUGUUGGUCUGAACCUUGUUGGAGCAUCCCAUUUAAUCUUAUAUGAUAUUGAUUGGAAUCCAGCCACUGAUAUUCAGGCAAUGGCCAGAGUGUGGAGAGAUGGGCAGAAGCAUACAGUGCACAUCUACAGACUGCUUACUACAGGCACAAUAGAAGAGAAAAUCUAUCAAAGGCAGAUCAGUAAGCAAGGUCUUUCUGGGGCAGUAGUAGACUUUUCCAAAGGAUCCGAACACAUCCGUUUUUCUGUUGAAGAACUUAAAAAUCUCUUUAUACUUCAUGAAGAUUCCAGCUGUGUUACCCAUGAUUUGCUGGAGUGUAAAUGUAUGGGAAAGAAAAGUGAUCAAGAUCCUUCAGAAAAUCUGUCUGUGCAACAAGACUCCCAGCUUGGCCAAAGCAAUGUGAAGUCUGUCUCCAAAAAACCCCUAUCUAUGUCACAGCUGAUACAGUGGAAACACUUUUGUGGGGAUCAUAAGAAUCUUCCUGAUCCCUUUCUUGAAAGAAUAAAAGAAAAUAUUACAUUCAUUUUCCAAAAUGUGACCUGCUAAGUGAUGCCAUCUGAAAAGGGGAAGAUAGUUUCUCCCUUAGUCACGCUGAACUUUUGUUCAAAAGAGUUUUAUAUUUUUCAAGCAAAACAAAAUAAUAGGAUUGUUGGAGAAUUAGAAAGAGCACAUAAUAAAGUUAAUAUUGGAUUUUUUUAUCCUCAAAAUAAAGUAUGAUUG